CAGUGACAGGUUGAGAGGCUUCGUGCUGUGUUUUUGGUGUGUGUGCUCGCUGACAAGUAAUGCGGAACUCACCAGCAUGGCUGUGUUGUGGCUUCCUUCUUACUGAAACUACUUGGACCAGGUUCACAUACAGGUCCACAUAAGGAGGCGUUUCGGGGGCUGACAGCUCAUGUUCGUGUUGUACGGCGCGAGGACAAAAUGUUAAUUUAGGAUGAAAGCUCCAGACAGCGAGAUGUGACCCCAAUUUGGUAGUUUUAAGGUUUUGAUAAUAAAUGUAUGACACCUUGUCGCUUCUAUGUAGUUGGGUUUUACGCAUACGCGUUUUUAUUCCGUCCUCGCUUCUUGAGCGUCUUUUCCUUGCGCGUGUUGCUUGACGUGGUUUUUACUUGAUCCAAAUGAAGUUUAACGGAUACCUGAAGUUGCGGAUUGGUGAGGCGGUGGACCUGAAGCCGACCACCUUCUCCCUCCGCCACUCUGUCAUCUUCAACAAAGCCCCUCCAGCAUUGGACCCAUACAUUGUGGUGAAAGUGGACGACUGCAAAAUUGGACAAACUCACACCAAACAGAAAACCAAGAACCCUACGUACAACGAGGAGUUCUCCCAUGAGGUGAAGGACGGGAAACGGAUCGAGCUGGCGGUCUUCCACGACACACCGAUUGGAUAUGAUGACUUUGUGGCCAACUGCAUCAUCCAGUUUGAGGACCUCAUCAAGACCUCCAACACAGGAGAGACUUUUGAGGGAUGGAUGGACUUGGAGCCAGAAGGCAAAGUUUACGUCCAUGUAACACUCACUGGAUCCUUCAUUGAUGACGACGCCAUGGUAAAAGAAAAGACUUACAAGCAGUUUACAAGGAAGCGUCAGGGGGCUGUGAGGCGGAGGAUCCACCAGGUCAACGGACACAAGUUCAUGUCCACCUUCCUCCGUCAGCCCACCUUCUGUUUCCACUGCAAGGAGUUCAUAUGGGGUGUUUUUGGAAAGCAGGGUUACCAGUGUCAAGUGUGUACCUGCGUGGUUCACAAACGAUGCCACCAGCACGUCGUCACAGCGUGUCCACGCAUGAAGAAGCCAACGAAAGAACAGCAGCCCGUAACCCAAGGCUUCAGCAUCAAUGUCCCUCACAAGUUCAACAUCCACAACUACAAGUCGCCCACCUUCUGUGACCACUGCGGCUCUCUGCUGUGGGGAAUAGUGCGGCAGGGGCUGCACUGUAAAAUCUGUAAGAUGAAUGUUCACAUCCGCUGCAAAGGCAAUGUGGCGCCCAGCUGUGGAGUCAACAGUGUGGAACUGGCUAAUAAGCUUGCAGAGAUGGGUCUGCAGGCUGGAGGACUCUCUAAACGCAACUCAUUGGCUAAAAGUGUUGGUCAGAUGAGAGCGCCCUCUGAAGACAGAGAGGGUGUUGAAUGUCAGCUGCAGACCCCCCGGCUGGGCAUCUCAGACUUCACGUUUUUACAAGUCCUCGGAAAGGGCAGCUUUGGCAAGGUGAUGUUGGCGAGACUGAAUGAUGGAGAACGGGUUUUCGCUGUAAAGGUGUUGAAGAAGGACAUCAUUUUGCAGGACGAUGAUGUUGAGUGUACCAUGACAGAGAAGAGGGUGCUGUCGCUGGCCUGCUGUCACCCCUACCUCACGCAGCUUUACUGCUGCUUCCAGACACCGGACCGUCUCUUCUUUGUGAUGGAGUUUGUGAACGGAGGUGAUCUUAUGUUCCACAUCCAGAAGUCCAGGAAGUUUGAGGAGCCUCGAGCACGUUUCUACACGGCAGAGAUUACCUCUGCGCUCAUGUUCCUGCACAGCAAAGGCAUCAUCUACAGGGAUCUAAAAUUGGACAACGUUCUUCUCGACAAAGAUGGUCACUGUAAGCUGGCAGACUUUGGUAUGUGCAAAGAGGGCAUAUUUGAAGGCGUGGCCACGGGUACUUUCUGCGGGACUCCAGAUUACAUCGCCCCUGAGAUCCUGCAGGAGAUGCUGUAUGGACCCUCUGUUGAUUGGUGGGCUCUCGGAGUGCUGCUGUACGAGAUGCUGUCAGGUCAUGCUCCAUUCGAGGCAGAGAAUGAAGACGACCUCUUUGAAUCCAUCCUGAAUGAAGAGAUUGUUUAUCCCUCUUGGCUCAGCACAGAGGCAGUGAAUAUACUCAAAGCUUUCUUGACCAAAAACCCGGCCCGCCGUCUGGGCUGUGUGGCCUCAGAGGGUGGAGAGAGUGCAGUGACCAGCCACGCCUUCUUCCAUGGCAUUGAUUGGGAGAAGCUGAAUCGUAGAGAAAUGGAGCCUCCCUUCAAGCCCAGGAUUAAAACGCCAGAGGACGUCAACAACUUUGACCCAGAUUUUACUCAGGAAGAACCCACCCUCACACCCAUCGAUGACCCUCUGAUCCCUUCCAUCAACCAGGACGAGUUUCGAAACUUCUCCUUCACUUCGCCUGAGCUUCUAGAGAGCUAGAUAUCUCCUGAUUGAUCCAGCAGGCAUCUUCUAUGUGUGUUCAGGACAGUUCCCAGUGGCAUGAACAGUCCAACACUGUCACAUUCCCCAGAGACAUGAGGGUGCAAAGUGUCCGAGGAGUCAGCCAGACACAUGCUUGACAAGAACGGGCUGCGCUCUUAAGCACUCCUGUAAUUUUCCAAAAACAUGGCUUUGAACUUUGAGAUGACAUUUAUUUCUGACUCUGAUGCAACGUGAUCUUCAUUCAUUCGUACAAGUGUCUUUUUGGCAUGUUGAUGUGAAACUUGUUUGAGAAGGUGUACCAUGUCAUGAUUUUUGUUUUUACAUUUGCUCUCAUGCAGACCAAUAAGUUUGCUUUCUUUUAACAGCAAAUAGAAAAAGGCACUUUUUUUUGGAGUACAAAAGUAUGAGUUAUGUUUUGUUUUCAGUCCAGAGAAGAAAAAGUAAGUAGUAAGUGUUAACCAGCCUGCCAGAGAUUUACUGAAAACUCCAGCUGCCUGGAAGGACUGAGUGAACUGAUGAAAUAGCUCCUCAAUGACGUGACAUCAUUUUCAAGAUUAAACAAACUCAAACAGACUUGCAGACCCGGCCCAAAUGGUGAAAUCCCACCAUUUUGAAACUUAGAACAGCAGAACGUCCUCUUAAACUUAAUUUAAUAAACUUAAGUUAAGUUUAAGUUCAUAUCAAGGGAAAACUUAUUUUUCCUACUAUUUUUGUUUUAUAAUAGAUAAAGGAAAGGAUGAAUAUAUUGCGGUUUCAUCAGGUGAAAUAGAAAAAUAGUUCAAUAAAAUAGACACAGGCACAAUGCACAACACACAGAUGCAUUCAGACAUUCAGAAGAACUCAGUUAAGAGUAUUUAUGAUUGUUGUAUUCCUAUCUGUCCCAGGAUUCGUCUCCCUUCAUCAUUUGGAUCUAAAGAGUAAUUGUGAUUUUCUCAUUACUUACUCUCCAUUACUCUUCUUAUACUCAAACCUAUGAGUUUCCAAGGUACCAAAAAAGGGAAAGAGAAAUCAAGUGUCAGAUCCAGUCUCUGAGAUUAAAUGCAGCCCUCCUUACCAGAAGGGUGACAUGAGGACAAAAACUUAAAGAUAUGUUUACUGUCUGCCAAACAGUCUCCACACUCCCUCCAACAGGAAGGAAUGUUGUGGAUUUGGACAUCUUAUUGGGGAUGAAAAUAAUGUGUCUAAGUCGCAGGUGUCGGUAUCAUAGGGUAGGUCAUGUGUGUUACUUAAUUAUUCACACCCUGUAACAAAAACCUGGCAUCCAUCUCUGUGCUCUAAUCAACAGGGCAUGUUGAGGAUGACGCAAUACUUUUAUUGGAGGUGAAAGGACAGGUGAUUCAUGUUGACUGUGAAAUGUCUGAAAAUUUGGCGAUUUCACCACAGCCAUCCCGGUAACAGGAAGAAUAGCAGUGUGAUGUUAAAUGAGUCUUACGCUGUCUGAAGAUUUCUCAAAAGUAAUGAGUAAUUGCUCACAGAUGCUUUUUUUUUUUAGUCUGUAGAUGGACUGCCUGGUUAAUGAGGACUCGCAUGGGGGCAUUUUCAAACAUGCAAAUAAGAGAAACUUAUUAAAUAUUCUCCCUGUUGCACAGUUUAACAUCCUUCCCUGAUAGAUAAAUAUGGAAACUAUUGUAGGAGGUGAUAGACGGGGGAUAACUAAAAACCUUAACCCUACAGUACAGCAACAUAAAUCAUCUGGUGGGGGGCGUCAGAGUCUUCUGUCGUCAUUACAAACCAGCAGAGAGUAAACAGGAAACCACACCGCACCAUUACUGUCGCCUUUGAUAUAAACAGGAAGAAAAAAAGACGAGCAAAUCAUGCCUUUAUGAUACUUUUUGAAGCAUGAAUAGAGAACAUUACUGCUUCUGGUUACAAAAGUUGAAACCUAUAAAACGAAACGACAAAGAAGUGAAACUGUUGUGUUGAGAGGAGAGCCUCAUGAAGAAGCUGCCAUUACAUGAACAGCCCUGACCUCAGGACGGGGAUGGACUCUUCCUGUUGGUUCUGGGGGAGGAAGUCAUCACAUCUGUUUAUCUCCUCAGCCCCCUCUCCUGGAGGACUGAGACUCUAAACACUGUAAAUUGUUAACCUUGAUACAAAACGCCCCCGAGGGUGUGAUCUGAAAGUAGAAACAGGCCUGCGCUGGUGAUUCGUUACAUUUGCAAGUGCAAGUGUGCGACUUGAGGCUUCGGUUAAGCUCUUCUUGUCAUGCUUUAAUCCCUCUUAAGUCUCUAGCUCACCUUAAAUAUAAUUUCAACUCACGAAUUGGAGGUGCAUUGAUCUCAGGGACUUUGCUGAGCUUUAAGCUGACCUAACAAAGAUGUGUGCUACACAGAGAACAGGACAUUGGAUUAAAUGACUUGACUUUUUGUUUGCCCAUUAAAGUGCCCCCCUGUCUGGCAGCUUUCCUCGGGUAAUGUCUGAAUGAGAGGAGAGAUUUAGGAGCCCUGUCUCCAUUUCUAUUACUGAGACUUACUGAUGGCUGCCAGCAGCGUCUCAGCACUGCUCGAUUCAGUCUGUGCCUGAAUGGACGAUACCCUCCAGAGUAGCUGCAGAUAAUGAAAAAGACUACAUAGACAUCACCCUGUCUGAAUCUUCCUUUUUUUAUGUUCAACUUCUGUUCACUGAAUGAGUUUUGUGAGUUUACAUACAGCCCGUAGUUCAGGGUUUUGACCAGUCCUAGAACUAGCUACUAGUAUUAAGAUACUGACCCAGGAAGCAGAAUCAAAGGAGGGUUUUCAAAGAUAAUGCAAUCUGUCAUGUACAUUUCACCAUUUCCCUUUCAAAGCUGUGUUAAUAGUCUUAUCACACAGCAGACUGUCCCUUCAGGGCACUUUAAAUGAGCUUGUAAGGCAUUAAAAAGGUUGCACCACUUCAAAA